ACAGAAUCUGCGUAAAUAAUACGCCCCCGGAGAGAUAAGGCGUCGUAACACUGACGGUGUUAUGCUACACAGUCUGCUCGAUGGCUAGCUCCGCGCUACAAGACGUCCCGAAGACUGGAAUUAUCCAAUUGUUGGCUUCAAACGCACCUAAACUUCUAUUACCGUGUAAAAUAAAGUAAACAACGGAAUACGUGUGAUGAAAUUAUCGGGUCUUAAAUCGUCGGGAGCUGGUUUUCCGUUUCACUCUGUGUGGCGUGGCAGGCUGGGCUCGAUCUGUGUGUGGAUCACUUCCAAACGAAUCAUUAACAGGACGCGUGUGACUGGUUGGAUUUCAAUACCGUAACACACUAGUUAGCUAAACGUUACUUCCAACUGCAGACAUGGAGACUAAACUUAAGACUGCAGCUCAGACUGCUCUGGACUUGGAGCGAGAAAGACAGUAUUGUGAACUUUGUGGGAAAAUGGAGAAUCUCCUCAAGUGCGGCCGGUGCCGAAACUCGUUCUACUGCAGCAAGGAGCACCAGAAGCAGCACUGGAAAAUGCACAAGGUGAACUGUAAAGAAUCCGAGGUAAAACCGCAGGUUUCAAAACAGAAGUCUGCUGAACCUCAGGCACCGUCUGGGGGGAUAGAGGGACAGACACUACCGUCACCACAACUAAAGACACGCGUCAGACCCGAAAACACCGCAUCUCCGAGCGGAGAGACUAGAAUGAAAGGUUUUAUAACUAACGCAGAGUGCGCUGGCUCCUCGGUCGGUAAGCCGGGCGGGUCGAAUACCAAACCCAACGGACAGACCACCACCCGGUCCACGCCUCAGAAUCUCGCCAUUGAGUACAUAGUCCCGUGUAUGACUAAGCAUGGGAUAUGUGUAGUUGACAACUUCCUCGGCGGGGAAACGGGGCUGGCCAUCUUGGAAGACGUCAAAUUGUUGCAUAAAACCGGGAAGUUUACCGACGGUCAGCUGGUCAGUCAGAAAACGGACUCCACUAAAGACAUUAGGGGAGAUAAGAUCACAUGGAUUGAGGGCCGAGAGGCCGGAUGUGAGAAGAUCUGCUUCCUCAUGAGCCGGAUGGAUGAUCUGGUCAGACAUUGUAAUGGUCAGCUGGGAAACUUUACAAUAAAUGGAAGGACUAAAGCGAUGGUGGCGUGUUACCCAGGCAACGGGACCGGAUACGUACGCCAUGUGGACAACCCGAACGGAGACGGGCGAUGUGUCACCUGUAUAUACUACCUGAAUAAAGACUGGGACACCAAGGAACAUGGGGGUGUUCUGCGUAUCUUCCCAGAGGGUAAAUCUCAGUUCGCCGACAUCGAGCCGAAGUUUGACCGGUUGCUGUUUUUCUGGUCAGACAGACGGAACCCACACGAGGUCCAGCCCGCCCACGCUAUCAGGUAUGCCAUCACAGUGUGGUAUUUUGAUGCUGAUGAACGAGCCAGGGCUAAAGAGAAAUACUUGACAGGAGCUGGAGAGAAAGGAGUGAAGGUGGAACUGAACAAACCAUCAGACCUCAGCUAGUGGGAGAGGAGGAGUGAAGAGGAGUAGAGGAGAGAAGAGAGGAGAGGGGAGAGGAGACACCCCAUCUACCAGCCAAGAAGUGCUAUGGCCUGAGAGAGGGAGAGGCCUAAACCAAGAGAGACAGGGUGUGUGUGCGUAUGUGGCAGAACAACAGACUGCAAGAGAGCAAGAGAGAGAGGGGACGGUGUGUGAAAGAUGAUUCAGGAUCUAACCGACCCCUGAGAGACUGUCAUUCUGUUGUCUAUUACCAUGUUCUGGUUUUGUGGUUGAUUCCUUAAAGGUACAGAGUCCAUACUGAUGAACUCUGAGUUAACCGUAUCGCGAGUGCGUCUCGGUAGCAAGGCUUCUAAUUGGGACAGCUAACUUAGUUGUAAAAGGUUUAAGCAGAGGGUUCGUUCAGAGUUGGUAAGUAUGGACCCACAGUGUUUUGCAUACACUUGUUGUGUUGCUGCUGGUUAUAUGGAAUAAGCUGUUUUAAGCUUUUUGUUCAAUGAGAUGGUGGAGGAUUUUUAAUAAAAUGAGGAGAGGUCUCAAUUAAAAAGGUUUUUGAUAACGUGAGGAGAGAUCUUAAUUAAAAAUGUUUUUGAUAACGUGAGGAGAGAUCUUAAUUAAAAAGGUUUUUGAUAACGUGAGGAGAGAUCUCAUUUUUAAAUGUUUUUGAUAAGGUGAGGAGAGAUCUCAAUUAAAAAGGUUUUUGAUAAGGUGAGGAGAGAUCUCAUUUUUAAAUGUUUUUGAUAAGGUGAGGAGAGAUCUUAAUUAAAAAGGUUUUUGAUAACGUGAGGAGAGAUCUCAUUUUUAAAUGUUUUUGAUAAGGUGAGGAGAGAUCUCAAUUAAAAAGGUUUUUGAUAACGUGAGGAGAGAUCUCAUUUUUAAAUGUUUUUGAUAAGGUGAGGAGAGAUCUUAAUUAAAAAGGUUUUUGAUAACGUGAGGAGAGAUCUCAUUUUUAAAUGUUUUUGAUAAGGUGAGGAGAGAUCUCAAUUAAAAAGGUUUUUGAUAACGUGAGGAGAGAUCUCAAUUAAAAAGGUUUUUGAUAACGUAAGGAGAGAUCUUAAUUAAAAAGGUUUUUGAAAACAUGACGAGAGAUCUCAUUUUUAAAUGUUUUUGAUAACGUAAGGAGAGAUCUCAAUUAAAAAGGUUUUUGAUAAGGUGAGGAGAGAUCUUAAUUAAAAAGGUUUUUGAUAACAUGGGGAGAGAUCUCAUUUUUAAAUGUUUUUGAUAACGUGAGGAGAGAUCUCAAUUAAAAAGGUUUUUGAUAACGUGAGGAGAGAUCUCAAUAAAAAAAAAAAUAACAGUA